CUUUGCGCGUUUGUUAGCGACAUUUUAUUGUAACUUCAACAGCAGGACUUUAGUGCAGCAUUAACAAUGUGUGAAAGUGAAAAUCAAAUGAAAAUCAGUUUCAUUGGCAAAUUUUGAACAUUUUCCAAUUUGGGACGCUAACAAAUCAAUGAUUUUUUUAUCAACAUCAAUCGUACAUAGUGUUCAUUCGGUAGCAAAUAAUUCGAUUAGCUGAAAUCGGUUUUUCGCAUUUGUACCACGUGUUUGAGGUUAUUCCCAAACGUCUUCGAUUGGCAUCCAUCGAAAGUUUUUCACAGCAAUAUAAAAGACCGCGCUAAACACGACCAGGGUGAUAACAUGGCUGUACAAGAAGAAAAUCAAACUAAAACAGUGGCUGUGCUAGAUUCAUUGACACAGAUUCGUGUGCAAUGUGCGGGUCCUCAUUUUAUGAAAUAUUUGGCUAGAAUUCGUCACGGUAUUGAUGGCAAUUUGUCAAAUGCUAGUUCAAUAGACAAAAUAUCGGACGACGAAGACAAAUUUGAAAUCGAUGUCGAUUAUUUACGUAGCUUGGAUCCGAAAGAGUGGAAGGAUCAGGAUCAUUAUCACGUUUUGGGAUUAAAAAAAUUGAGAUUCAAUGCCACUGAUGACGACAUACGUCGAGCUUAUAGAAAAAUUGUUUUGAAACAUCAUCCCGACAAACGAAAGGCACAAGGUGAAGAGAUUCGUCAAGAAGACGAUUAUUUCACGUGUAUCACAAAGGCGUAUGAAACACUAGGAAAUCCUAUAAAGCGAAGGUCCUAUGAUUCAAUUGAUCCGGAAUUUGACGAUUCUCUACCGUCGUCUAGUGAAAUUGAAAAGCGUUUCUACGAGACCUUCAGCGAGUAUUUUACUUCAAAUGCGCGAUGGAGCGAGAAGAAAAAUGUUCCAGUCAUUGGUGAUGAAAAUGCUUCACGACAGGAUGUAGACAACUUUUACAAUUUCUGGUACGACUUUGAAUCUUGGAGGGAGUACAGCUACUUGGAUGAAGAAGAUAAGGACAAGGGACAAGAUCGUGAAGAACGGCGAUGGAUAGAGAAGCAGAACAAAGAUAUUCGAAAGAAGCGGAAAAAGGAAGAAAUGUCUAGGAUCAGAUCUUUGGUAGACUUGGCGUACAACAACGAUCCGAGAAUCGUCAAAUUUCGUAAUGAGGAUAAGGAGAAGAAACUAGCUGCUAAGCGCGCACGAAUGAGUGUAGUUCAGGCGGCCAAGGCGGAGGAAGAGCGCGUUUUGAAGGAAGCACAACUAGCUAAAGAGAAGGCCGAGCAAGCCGAACAGAAACGCAUCGAGCAAAUACGAUUGGAGAAGGAACAGCAGAAACGUGCCUUGAAAAAAGAACGAAAAUUGUUACGCGACACUGCCAAAGAACAAAAUUACUAUUCGACAAGUGAGAAGGAGAAGAUUCGUAAUAUGGAGGGCGUGGAGAAGAUAUGUGAAAUGCUCAAAAUGUUGGAAUUGCAAUCGUUCAACAAACAGUUGCAGGCUGGCGGACGAGACGUAUUCAUCAAAGUAUUGAAAGAAACCGAAGACAAAUUGGAAGAGGAAAGAAAAGCAUUGUUCGAAACAAACAAACCGUCGGUUGCAGCUCAACCGAAAAAUGUUAUUCCAGUGGAUAAAAAUUCCCUUUGGAGUCCGGAAAAUAUGCAACUACUUAUCAAAGCUGUGAACCUGUUCCCAGCUGGUACUGUGCAACGUUGGGAAGUCACCGCAAAUUACUUAAAUCAGCAUGGUACUAAUUUAGGUGGCAAAAAAUUCAUAGCGCGUGACGUCCUAAACAAAGCGAAGGAUUUACAAAGUAGCGACUUCACGAAAAACACUCUGAAAUCUCAGGCGAACGAUGAUGCGUUCGCUUCUUUCCAGAAAUCGAAGAAAGAAUUGAAAAUCAUCGAUCAGGCCGACAUCAGUGUAAACGACGACAACGUCAAACCCGACUCAGCCCAACCCAAACAGAACGGUGUACCAAAUGAUAGCUCCACUGAAAAGUCAUCAGCCAAAUUGAACGGAACUGCAAAGAGUGCCAAUCCGACCACCGUUGCUGAGCCGAAACAGUGGACAAAAGAUGAGCAAGCGCUACUCGAACAGGCGAUGAAAACAUUUCCCAUAUCCACACCUGAACGCUGGGAUCGAAUAGCUGAAUGCAUACCGAACCGAAACAAAAAGGAUUGUUUGCGGCGGGUUAAGGAAUUGGUUGAUCGUGUGAACGCUAAACGAGAUGCGCAACAAGUUGUAAAAUAAAAUCAUUGGAAUGUCUCUCCUUUAGCUAAAAUUAUUGUAAAACGAAGGCAUUGUGUUUAGGUACCCUUAUAAUUUGAUGAAUUAAAAAUUAAAUUAAUUUUUAAAUCAGAGACGUUAAUUGAAAUUCACGCAUGGACAGUCGACUCGAUUUCAUAUUUUACCUAAUAAUUUAUUUUAAAGGUUUUUUGAUCCACUUACGCCAAUUUGUCUAAUUGAAUUGCUAUGAUGAAAUGAUUUAGUCAAAAAAUAAAUUAUUUUAUGGUAGCAACUGUUGAAAA